CUGUUGAAGAUAAAAUCCGUAUAAAUCUACCACGUGUUAUGUAGUUCGACAAGCUAGGCCUGAUUUCCAUACAUUAGGUACAUGUAUGUAUCUAAAGGUACUCAGGUACAUGACCGGUUGCAGUGAUCGGCCUGAAUGUUACGGAUACAUAAAUACCUAGGUACUUCAGAAUCGAUAAGCCCGCUAAAUCUACAUACCUACAUGUAGGUUAGGUUAGGUACUCGCUCCGAUAACAUUCACCUGCUAACUACAUAAAAUCUGCACGCGACAAAUAAUAAGUUGACCACCGGACGUCAUCUAGUCCUCAAGCCAAAGCUCACUGAUUUAAGUCAGGUGUCUUCGUCUAUAAGUCUCGUGAGGUCAGAAUAUUUAGGUGGGAAACGUUACCUACGUAGCAGAGGCUACAGAAAUGGCAGACGAACAAGUGUCACUCACUUCCCUAAUCUUCAUAAUUGUCCUUGGCGGCCUCAUCAUUCGAUAUCUAUUCUUUUCGUCGCCAGCCCAACCCUCGCGACCACCCCGAGAUGCCCAGGCGGUAUCGCGCGCUAGAGAGGCCGCAGUAGAGAGGAUACAACAAAUCUUUGGACCGGAUCGAGUCGAUCGGAGGACUAUCUUGUGGGAUUUGCAUCGCAAUGGGGGAAACAUAGCGGCAACUACGGAACGGAUAUUAGCAGGACGUAUAGAGACCCCCCCUAUCACAUUCCAGCCGUCCCCUCCUCCAACUUCUCCCAACCCCUCGGCGACACAGACGCAACCCUUCAAGGCGCCUCCAAAGCCUGCCGAGCCAGAUUUGAUCACUAGAUAUAAACUACAGGAUAAAGUUAGCACCGGCAGCGAACCCGAAUCCUCGACAAAACCUAAGGCAUGGAGCUCCAACCGGAAUGAGCGACAAGCAUCCCUACAACGAAGGCGAGACGAGAUGAUUUUAGCGGCAAGAAGGAAAAUGGAAGCCAAAAUCGCAGCAGAGAAAUCUGCCGGAAACACCCAGCAAUAAAAUAAACAUUGGCCUACGGGGUUGGACUAGUAACCUAGGGUCUGGAUCGCCGUUUGGGGAGGCGGGCUGUGUAUCUCGAAUUCAACCCUCAAGUUAAGAGUGCUUUGUAUAUCAUGAUUGAAGUAUAUGUAAAGCGUACCUUGGUCUGAGAUAAUACUAUAGACCUUGAAUCAAAUCAAGCGAAUUAAUGUAACAACUCCGAAUAUCUUUACCAAACCAUUGUCUAACCAAGUUUAUCCCCGUAUUUCCAAUGCAACUAUAUGCAGAUUCUAUAAUGCCAAACAAAGAGGGGAAAAUCCCGCUCUAUCUU